AUGGCGCUCGACCGAUCAAGUUUCACCGCGUUUGAUACAGUGAGGCAUGCGUGGAAAACUCUCGGGCUUCCACCUCCUGCCUUGACGAGUUUGUCCCUCACUGGAGAAGGCCUAGGACUGCCCUCGUCCUUCAAAAUCGGUCAUUUGGCUCAAGCGUCCAUCGGACUCUCUGGACUGACCGCCGCCCUAAUCAAUGCGCAACGAACCGGCAAGCCCGUGCCACAGGUGACGGUCCCGCUUCAACACGCAGUGAUUGAAUUCAAGUCUGAACGGUUCUACUUGCUGGACAAGAAAUCUUACUCGGCGUGGGGACCGGUCGGAGGUCUGCAUGCUUGUUCGGACGGCUAUGUACGGGCCCAUGACAGCUUCCCGCACCACAGGAACGGCCUUGUUAAAUUGUUGUUGGGAUAUGAGCGCUCACCACCACCUACCAGGGCACAGGUGGGCGAGGCGAUAUCUCCUUGGAGGUCGAUCGAUCUCGAGACUGCCGCCGCCGACAAUGGAUUCGUCAUUGCUGCUUUACGAUCGUACAAACAAUGGGACGUCACUCCACAGGCCCAGGCCGUUUCCGAUCAACCCAUAACGAUCACGAAGAUUCUGUCCCAGAAGGCUCCUAUUGGCCUCCCUCGCCACAUUGGCACCACCACCACCACCACCACCACCGGCAGAGAAGACAAAAACAAAUGCCUACGUGGGGUCAGAGUGGUCGACAUGACUCGUGUCAUUGCAGGACCUGUCGCUGGGAAGACGCUCGCGGCACACGGAGCAGAAGUGUUGUGGGUGACCAGUCCAAACCUACCGGACCUGCCAGAACUCGAUCGAGACUUGGCCAGGGGAAAGAGAACAGUACAACUAGACGUCCGAAACCCAGAGGACCUCGAAGCUCUGAUGAACCUCCUGGAAGAUGCCGAUGUGCUCCUCCAAAGCUACCGCCCUGGAAGUCUGGGUGGGUUAGGUAUCACGGAAGAGGCGAUCCUCCGUCGACGUAAAGGCCGCCCGAUAGUCAUUGCCAACCUCUCUUGCUUCGGCACGGCGGGACCCUGGAAACACAGACGAGGCUUCGAUUCGAUCGUACAAGCGUGCUCUGGUAUGAAUGUAUCCGAGGCGGAGCACCACGGGAAAGGAGAGGCCGCUAAGCCCUUGCCAUGUCAAGCCCUCGACCACGCCAGCGGUUAUUUCCUAGCUUCUGGCAUCAUGGCCAGUCUCUAUCGCGCGUGGACGGAAGGUGGCUCGUACAGAGUCGACGUCAGCUUGGCUGGGACCAUGAAAUACCUCCGCAGCCUCGGCCAGUUUCCUGGAGAUUCGGGUUUCGAGACGAGUGAUUACGAGAAGUCGGAGGACGUCCCUGAAGAAUAUUUCGAAACACGUCCUUCGGGAUUUGGAGAGCUCCGGGCUAUCAAGCAUUCGGUGAGGAUUGAUGGCGCGGAAGUCAGCUGGGAUAUAAUGCCACAGCCGCUUGGGAGCCAUAAACCCAAGUGGCAAUGA